AUGUCCCGUGAGAAGCGCCUGGUUUAUUUCCUAUCAUCGGAACUGAACAGGGCAUACUGUCUUUUUCUGGUAAAUGUGAUACCACUUUUUGACAAGACAAACUGCCUGCUUCAGGCACAGGCUCCUCAGAUCCACAUACUCAGGGGCCUCUUGAACCAGCUUCUAGAGGAUCUCUUGACGAGAUUCGUCCGCCCAGAUGUUCUGAAGGGAUGGCACUCAUUGCUGACAUUGGCUUUUGGAGCUGUGGAGAACCAAAGAGAAGAUAAGGACCUUGUCAUUGGUAGCAUGACAUAUUCCGUUGUUGAAAGGCUCAAGCCAAAUGAGAGAGAGCAGUUCUUUUCUGCUGUUCGUUUGUACUUCGCAACGGUAUGCGAUUACAUCCGCAACAAGUUUCCCUUGGAAAACGUAGACUUCAGGAUGGCUGAAGUUGCCCAACUGCAGUCGUUGGACACCUCAUCGUUCAGCAGCAUACGCCAUUUUGUUACGGCAUUCCCUGCACUGCUGCCUCAGCAGAGCAAUGAGUCAAAGGAUGAGGCAAUGGAUGCACUCGAAGUUGAGUUCGCCAACCUGCAAGCAUAUAAUAACCUUUCGUUGGCUAUAUUAAACGAACCAAGGAGUGACGUACAGUGGGCACAGGUAGGGGACAUUCGAAGUGUCGACGGAACGCUGAAGUUCCACAGGAUUGCAGUGUUCAUGCUGGGGAUCUUGACGAUUCCCCAUAGCAAUGCUGAAUGUGAAAGACUGUUCAGCACUGUAAACAAGACGCGGACGGAGUUCCGCUCCUCAGUUUCCGACAGGACCCUCGGAAACCUGCUCAUGGUGAAGGGGCAUCAAAAUGGGGCGUGCUUCGAACAAGUGUACUCGGAGAACUUUCUGAAGCAGGCGAAAUCAGCAACAGCAAAAUCGCUGAAAAAAUGAACCAACAGGCGAAAUCGACAACAGAAAAAUCGCUGACAAAAUAAAUCAUCAUUCAUCC